AUUUGAAUGUCAAACGUAACAAGAUCCCAAAGAAACUAAUUUGUUAUUGAUUUUUUAUCAGGAGGAUUAUCUGGAGCGAUUGCAAAAACAACAUGUGCUCCAAUAGAAAGAGUUAAAUUAUUAAUGCAAACUGCAAGCAUGAAUACAAAACUCACAAAACCCUAUGCAGGGAUAACAGAUUGUUUUUUAAGAUGUGUAAGAGAGGAUGGGGCUCUAUCCCUAUGGAGAGGCAAUGGAGUUAACGUACUCAGAUAUUUUCCAACUUAAGCCUUGAAUUUCUCAUUUAAAGAUUUCUUUGCAAAGUUCUUAAAGAAGAAUAGUAAUUGUAUAGCAAAAUGUUUAAUUAAUUUAGAGGAGCAUUCAUCUCAGUUAUUCUAUAAUAUUUUAUCUGGAGGAUUGGCUGGAACAUGUAGCACUUCAAUUGUUUACCCAUUGGAUUUGGCAAGAACCAGGCUAGGAGUUGAUUUAGGAAGAACAAAGAGUGAGAGGUAGUUUUAGGGUUUAGUUGAUUGCCUAACAAAAGUAAUAAUUUACUGUUAUAUUUAGAUUUAUAAAUCAGAUGGUAUAAGGGGUUGGUAUUAAGGAAUAGGAAUUUGUUUUGUUGGAAUCUUUAUUUAUAGAGGUUUAUAUUUUGGAAUUUAUGACACUGGAAGAGAUAAAUUUUUCAAAAGUAAUAUUUUUUCAUUAAUUCAGAUGGAGAUGCAAAGUCUUUGAUUAUGAAAUUUUUUUAUGCACAAUGUGUUGUCAUCUUUUCUGAAACAAUUAGGUAUUACAUAACAUGAAUUUUAAGUUAUCCAACAGACACUUUAAAAAGAAAAUUGAUGAUGUAAACUGCAGGAGUUUAAAGAAAAUAUAAAAAUGCUUUUGAUUGCUUUAAUUAGAUUGUAAAAACAGAAGGAUUCAAAGGUUUAAUGAAAGGAAAUGCUUCCAAUAUGGCAAGAGCAAUUGGAAGCUCCCUCUGCUUAGUUUUGUAUGAUGAAAUGAAGCGAGUAACAACAACCAAUUAAUAGAGAUAAUGAUGAU